ACGGAGAUGGCAGUUCCCGGCCACGGAAAACUGGAAAGCGACCCGUGGGGGCAAGUGGCUACAGCGAUUGCCACACAAUCUGCAGGCGGGUGACGGAAUGAAUUCGAAGAGCGCUCGCAAUCUCGCGAUUCAAGUGUUGACCUUUUUGGCUCUCAGUUGGGCGACGACAUUGAAUUCCCCGAUCAGUUCCCAACUGAAAAAUUUGCUUCCAUGAACUGAUUUAGAUCAUCUUCUUAGUGGUUUCAGCUACAUAGAUAAAGAUGUCACAGGAUGGAUUUGAUGGAGAGCUGGGCCAUCUUCCUGAUGGUUCUAUCUUUGAGGCAGAAAAACCUUUGGUUACGGCAGACCCUGCACAACCAGCUUUGCUAACAUGGCAACGAAGUUUAAGAGACAAUGAACAAGAGCCAUCGGAGUUCCAGCUAACUGUUCGAGAGAUACUACAAUUGGCUCAUUUAGGAAUUCGGCUUGGGCGGCAUAUUAUAGAAGAAACUGCAAAAGGAAGGGCCUCAAUUAUUGAUCCUUUAAGAAGACGCAUCGCUACAUCAUGUCAUGGUGUUCCUUUAGGAGGAAUUGGUGCAGGUAGUAUAGGAAGAAGCUACAAAGGUGAUUUUCAGCGUUGGCAAUUGUUCCCUGGAGUUUGUGAAGCUAAGCCUGUCUUAGCAAAUCAAUUUUCUGCUUUCAUUUCGCGCCAAGAUGGAAAUAGGUACUCCACUGUUUUGUCCCUGGGCGGUCCUGACAUACUCAAAUCAAGUUCACAGUCGGGAAUCGGAUCUUGGGAUUGGAAUCUCAAUGGGCAGAAAUCUACCUAUCAUGCUCUAUACCCGAGGUCUUGGACAAUAUAUGAUGGUGAACCUGAUCCAGAUCUAAAAAUAACUUGUCGUCAGAUUUCACCCUUUAUUCCCCACAAUUAUCAACAAAGUAGCCUACCCGUGGCGGUAUUUACGUUCACGCUCAACAAUAUGGGAAAAUCUGCUGCUAAAGUUACUUUGCUUUUUACAUGGGCUAAUUCUGUAGGUGGGAACUCCGAGUUCUCUGGGUAUCACUCUAAUUCGAAAAUGAUUGAGAAAGAUGGGGUACAUGGGGUCCUCCUACAUCACAAAACAAUAAACGGGCAAUCUCCAGUGACAUUUGCAAUAGCAGCACAAGAAACAGCAGAUGUUCAUGUCUCCGACUGUCCGCACUUUGUGAUAUCGGGGAAAUCUGAUUCUUUCACUGCAAGAGAAAUGUGGCAUGCAAUCAGAGAGCAUGGGACCUUUGACCACAUUGGUUCCACAGAAAAUCCAAUUUAUUCAGAACCAGGUUCAUCUAUUGGAGCAGCUGUAUCAGCGUCAUCGACGGUUCCUCCUAGAGCUGUCCGCACUGUCACAUUUGCUUUGGCAUGGGCAUGCCCAGAAAUAAAUUUUCCCAGUGGAAAAUCUUAUCAUCGACGUUAUACCAAAUUUUAUGGCACUGAUGGAGGUGCAGCUGCACGUCUAGUUCAUGAUGCUAUCAUGGACCACAGGUUUUGGGAAUCCCAAAUCGAUGAAUGGCAAAGACCUAUUCUGCAAAAUAAUGAACUUCCAGAAUGGUAUCCUAUCACACUCUUCAAUGAGCUAUACUAUCUUAAUGCUGGAGGAACCAUUUGGAUAGAUGGGUUGCCACCUGUGCAGAGCUUAGCAACAAUUGAGGAAAGAAAGUUUUCUCUUGAUAUAUCAAAUCCAGUUGUUGAAACUUUAAGAAAGCCUAUCCCUCAAAAUAACACUUCACUUGAUAUCCUUGAUAGGAUGGCAUCUACACUUGAAAAAAUUAAUACCCCUAUUGCCUCAAAUUCUGCUUUUGGUACAUCAUUGCUCCAAGGAGAAGAGAAUAUUGGCCAGUUACUCUAUCUUGAAGGCAUUGAAUAUUAUAUGUGGAACACAUAUGACGUGCAUUUCUACUCAUCUUUUGCGCUUAUCAUGCUUUUUCCGAAGCUUGAGCUCAGCAUUCAAAGAGACUUUGCUGCUGCUGUGACAAUGCAUGACCCUGAGAAAAUAAAGAUGAUGUAUGAUGGCAAGUGGGUUUCAAGGAAGGUUCUUGGUGCAGUUCCUCAUGAUCUUGGAUUGUGCGACCCUUGGUUCAAAGUUAAUGCUUAUAUUCUUCAUGAUACAAAUAGGUGGAAGGACUUGAAUCCUAAAUUUGUUCUACAAGUUUAUAGAGAUACAAUUGUCACAGGUGACAAGUCCUUUGCACGAGCGGUUUGGCCUUCAGUAUAUAUUGCAAUGGCUUAUAUGGAUCAAUUUGAUAAGGAUGGAGAUGAAAUGAUUGAGAAUGAGGGCUUCCCUGAUCAGACCUAUGAUGUUUGGUCAGUUAAUGGUGUUAGUGCAUAUAGUGGGGGUUUAUGGGUGGCUGCCCUGCAGGCUGCUUCUGCCAUGGCACAUGAAAUUGGUGAUAAAGCUGCAGAGCAAUUAUUCUGGAAUAAGUUUCAGAAGGCUAAGACUGUCUACGAGAAGCUUUGGAAUGGUUCCUACUUCAAUUAUGAUAGUAGUGGUGGCAAGAUAAGCUCAUCAAUUCAGGCAGAUCAACUGGCUGGACAAUGGUACUCCAGAGCAUGUGGUUUAUCUCCAAUAGUUGAUGAGAAGAAAGCCAGCACUGCACUUGAGAAAGUUUAUAAUUUCAAUGUUCUGAAAUACAAAAAUGGCAAGAGGGGUGCUGUUAAUGGGAUGAGACCUGAUGGCAGUUUUGAUAUGUCUGCAAUGCAAUCAAGAGAGAUAUGGUCCGGUGUUACAUAUGCUGUUGCUGCAACUAUGAUUCAGGAAGGCAUGACAGAAGCUGGAUUUAAAACAGCACAAGGAGUUUAUGAAGCUGCAUGGUCCAAGGAAGGACUUGGGUACUCGUUCCAGACUCCGGAAGCCUGGAACAAUAAGGAAGAAUACAGAUCUCUUUGCUACAUGCGUCCUCUUGCCAUCUGGGCGAUGCAAUGGGCCUUGUCUCCACCAAAGCUACACAAGGAGCUUGCAGUAGAUACAGUUGGAGGAGAUGCUCUUAUGAAUCACCAGUUAACGUUCGGUAAAGUCGCAAAGCUCUUAAGAUUGCCUACUGAGGAGGCUUCUAAGAGCUUUCUACGCGUUAUCUAUGAGAUCACCUGCAGCAGGCUGAGGCCCUCAUGAUUUUGGAGCUUAACCACUUAUAAGGCUUCGUUUGGGACGGCUUUCUUACUGUUUCUUAAAGCAGCUUUCUAGUUCAAAAUUUUUAAUUUUUGUAUUAAGAACCUGUUUUAAGAAGCAAUGAGAAAGCCGUCACAAACGAAGUUUAAGAUCUGUGGAAGGAUCUGCAUCGUAGUGGCUGGAGAAGUUUAUUACUUCACAUCGCAAAUUCGUGCCGCACAUUUUAUGAUUUAUUGCCCACUAUUAAAAAAAAAAAAACUUAUAGAACUGUUGAAACUUCUGUUUUUAGAUUAUUUAUGAUCCAUUAAUUAUUUCGAAGUUGAACAGUUUAUGCUGAA